AUCGAUUCGUAAAAAUUCACACUACACAUAUAAAAUUGAAAUAUAUAAAAGAAUAUAUCGCUAUUUGCACUAAGCAACAAACGAAUAUCACAUUUUUUUUACAUUAUUACCUGUUUCAUUAAAAUUUAAUAAAAUAUGAAAAUAUGAAUUUUCGCACGAAUACAACUAUCAAUUCAAUAUUUAUAAUUAUAUUCGGAAUGUAUACAACAGCUGAUUGAUGUAUAAUUAAUUUCUCCUAGGUUAGCAAAGUUUCAUCAGACUGAUCAGUGUGUGCUAGAGUAGAAUUAUAACCUGUAAAAAGUUUCAAGUAGAUCAAAGCAUUGGAUAAGACGUUUAUGCGUUUCAUUAAAAUCGAGAUCGUGAAUGUGGAACGAUGCGUUUUAUGACAGCGGUGAAUUUCAAGAUUUUGUCUAUUUUUCGGCUUCGUAUGACGAAUGUUCGAUCAUUCUGCAGAAAUCAUCAAUCAGAUUAUAAAGAGUUGUCGGUGCAUAUACGACCACAAUUUAAAAGAAUAAAAUUUAAUGAUCAUGGAACGUUUACUAGAAAUAUCCAUAGUCGUCGACAAACUGCGGCCAUUAUUUCGAUUAGAUCAUUUGCUACAAAACGAUUCAACGAUAAAGAUUCACCUAAUGGAAAUAAUGAAGAUGAUAUUGGAGAUCCAGCCUCAUUACCAGCCACAGUUGUUGUGCCUGAAGUAUGGCCUCAUGUUCCUGUUAUAGCAAUUAAUAGAAACCCAGUAUUUCCAAGAUUUAUAAAACUCAUAGAACUUAGUAAUCCAAUUCUCAUGGAUUUAAUUCGCAGAAAAGUCAAACUAAAUCAACCAUAUGUUGGAAUAUUUUUAAAAAAAUUAGAAGAAAACGAAGCAGAGAUUGUACAAAAUUUAGAUGAUAUUUACUCUGUUGGAACAUUUGCACAGAUACAUGAAGUACAAGAUUUAGGCAAUCGAUUAAGGUUAGUUGUAAUGGCACAUAGAAGAAUUAAGAUUGUUGGUCAAAUCUUAGAAGAACUUCCAAAACCUACUCAUGAAAUGAAAUUGACGUUUCCUCUAUUAAAUGCAACAAUUCACGUCCCUGUAGACGAUUCAAUUUCUGGUGGCAAACCAAGCCGUAGGUCAUUAAUUCGUAAAAAAACAGAAAACAAAGUGCCAGAACAAGAUAAAGUACAGAAAAUUGAGGAAAUUAAUAUAUCAGAAAAUAAGAUCACAGAAGGAAUACAGGAAAAAGUUGAAGAAAAAGUUAAUCCUCCAACAGAUUCUACAGCACAAACUAACACUCAACCUUUGUUAAUGGUAGAAGUUGUAAAUAUCACCCAUGAGAAAUUUAGACAAACUGAAGAAAUUAAGGCUUUGACACAAGAAUUAAUAAAAACUAUUAGAGAUAUAAUAAGUAUGAAUCCAUUAUACCGUGAAUCUUUGCAACAAAUGUUACAUCAAGGACAGAGAGUUGUAGAUAAUCCAGUUUAUUUAAGUGAUCUGGGUGCAGCUUUAACAGGAGCAGAUGCACAAGAAUUACAACAAGUAUUAGAAGAAAUGGAUAUUUUGAAAAGAUUAAGAUUAUCAUUGGCACUUUUAAAAAAAGAAUAUGAAUUAAGUAAACUUCAACAAAAAAUUGGUAGAGAAGUUGAAGAAAAAGUCAAACAGCAACAUAGAAAAUACAUUCUUCAUGAACAAUUAAAAGUUAUUAAAAAAGAAUUGGGACUUGAAAAAGAUGAUAAAGAUGCUAUAGGAGAAAAAUAUAGAGAACGUAUAAGAGAAAAAACAGUUCCAAAAACAGUAAUGGAUGUGCUUGAAGAAGAAUUAAACAAAUUAAAUUUCUUAGAAAGUCACAGUAGUGAAUUUAAUGUGACAAGAAAUUACUUGGAUUGGCUUACAUCUAUGCCAUGGGGUGUAACUAGUACAGAAAAUUUAAAUCUUCAGCAAGCAAUUGAGAUUUUGGAUAAAGACCAUUAUGGAAUGGAAGAUAUAAAAAAACGAAUUUUGGAAUUUAUUGCUGUGAGUCAAUUAAAGGGUUCGACACAAGGAAAAAUAUUAUGUUUUCAUGGUCCACCAGGUGUUGGAAAAACAUCAAUAGCUAAAUCAAUUUCUCGUGCACUUAAUAGAGAGUAUUUCAGAUUUAGUGUUGGUGGAAUGACAGAUGUAGCAGAAAUCAAAGGUCAUAGAAGAACUUAUGUGGGUGCUAUGCCUGGUAAAAUUAUUCAAUGUUUAAAAAAAACCAAGACUGAAAAUCCGCUCGUUCUUAUCGAUGAAGUUGAUAAGAUUGGAAAAGGACAUCAAGGUGAUCCAGCAUCAGCUCUUUUAGAAAUGUUAGAUCCAGAACAAAAUGCAAACUUUUUAGAUCAUUAUUUAGAUGUUCCCGUUGAUUUAUCAAAAGUGCUUUUCAUUUGCACUGCAAAUGUGAUUGAUACAAUUCCAGAACCUUUAAGAGAUCGUAUGGAAAUGAUAGAUAUGUCAGGUUAUGUCGCAGAAGAAAAACUUGCAAUUGCUAAACAGUAUUUAGUACCGCAAGCGAUGAAUGAUUCAGGUCUCAAUAAUGGACAGAUCAAUAUAAACGAUAACGCACUUCACGCGUUAAUUAAAUCUUACUGUCGGGAAUCGGGAGUAAGGAGUCUUCAAAAACAUAUAGAGAAAGUUCAUCGAAAAGUUGCAUUCAAAGUUGUUAAGAAAGAAGCGGAAAAGGUAGAUGUAACUAUGGACAAUUUACACGAAUUUGUUGGAAAACCUGUGUUUACACAUGACAGAAUGUAUGAAAUUACACCUCCUGGAGUCGUUAUGGGUCUUGCAUGGACAGCUAUGGGAGGUUCUACUUUGUUUAUAGAAACAAGAAUUAGAAAACCUUCUACUGGCAAAAAAUCGGAAGGUACUUUAGAAUUCACCGGUCAUUUAGGUGAUGUGAUGAAAGAAUCUAUUCAUAUAGCGAUGACAGUUGCAAGAAACUUUUUGAAUCAGGAAGAUCCAUCUAAUAGUUUUCUGAUCGAUUCUCAUUUGCAUUUGCACGUACCUGAAGGUGCUACUCCAAAAGAUGGUCCCAGCGCAGGUAUUACUAUCGCAAUAGCAUUCAUUUCGCUUGCAAAAAAUCAACCAAUUAGACAAAAUGUUGCAAUGACUGGUGAACUUAGUCUCAUGGGUAGAGUUCUUCCUGUUGGCGGUAUUAAAGAAAAAACGAUUGCUGCAAAACGAGUUGGUGUAAACUGUGUAAUUCUACCUGAGGAAAAUAAAAAAGAUUAUAAUGAUCUUCCUAAAUAUAUUACGGAUGGUUUAGAAGUUCAUUUUGCUUCGACUUUCGAAGAUGUAUAUCGUAUAUGCUUUACACCACAGAAAAAAACUAGUACUGUUCAUCAUCAAAAAAGCUUAGAUCUUGAUAUUUCACCACCGCAAACCGCACCACUUUUGAGUAAAAAUAUCGAUUGAAUUGUAUUUAAGAGGAUUAAGUACUUAAAGGCAUUUUAAAAGUUGAUUGCUGUACGACUUUGUGUGCAUGAUCCAUUUAAAAGAAUUAGAUUUAAAAAUAAUUGAAUCUAUUUUGACAUAUUGUUUUAUAUAGUAUCAUAGAAAUAAAAAUGUAGAGUAAUAAUUUAAUUUUGAAAGAAAAAAUUGAAAAUCUCACGA